AUGCCAGCCAUCCGUCACGCGUCAAAGCGGAAACCUCCUCCAGAGGGGUUCAGCGACAUCGAGGAUGACCUCCUCAUCUUUGCCAACAAGAUGAAAGACGCGCAAAACACCCCUACAGAUAACGUCCCUAAACACAAGGCGCAAUGGCCGAUAUUCCAGAUCGCACACCAGAGGAGUCGAUACGUCUACGAGCUCUACUACGAGAAGGAGGCUAUAUCGAAGCAGCUGUAUGAGUGGCUGCUGAAGAAUGGAUAUGCAGAUCCCAUGUUGAUUGCAAAGUGGAAGAAACAGGGCUAUGAAAAGCUAUGCUGCCUCAGAUGCGUGCAGACCAAGGAGACAAAUUUCAGCUCCACAUGUAUCUGCAGGGUACCAAAGGCACAGUUGAAGGAAGAGAGGGAUAUUGAGUGUGUCAACUGUGGUUGUCAUGGCUGUGCAUCCAGUGACUGA